AAAAUGACAAAGAAACAUGGAUGCUUCAGCACUUACAUUUGUUUCCCGGAAAAAAUAAGACGUUGUUGCUGUGGUGGAAUGCCUUCUUUCUCCUCCACUCUUUCUUUAAUCCUCUCCACUUUGUCUGUAGGCUCUAUAUCUAUUUCAAUCUCCUUUCCUGUAAGCGUCUGUAAAAAUAAACGAGGUUAUAAGUUGAAAAUAACCAAUCCUAUCUUCGAUGUACCAGUUAGAAUCGUCUUACCUUUACUUUAAUCAACAUGUUGGUAGAUUUAUUUCUGUAAUAUCAGUACCUAAGUCACUAAAAUCAAAGUACUUUUUAUACGCGGUUCCUUUUAUUUCGAUACGGUAAAUUAUUUGUCACUUUUUGCUUGUUAAUCGCUUGACAGGAAGAUGUCAAGUUAUAUAUUUGACAGGGCAAGAUAUCGAUUGGAAUAUUGGAUUGAAAAACUAAUGUGUCUAAAUCUUGGUGUACACUAACGGAAUAAUUUGAAUUAACUUUAUUGAAUGUAUUCAUAAACUAAAGUAAAAGAGGUGCCAUAAACUAUGUUCUAUUUGUAGGUCAUACAGCAGGACAAUUUAUGGCUUUAUUAAAAUUGAAUGUAGGUGAUGUUCGCAACUCUAUUUUAAAAAUUAUCUAAGUCAUGUCAAAUUUGUUAAUGUCAAGUCAAACAAAUGUCAUAUUUGUUAUGAUUCAAAAUCUGUUUUCAUUAUUUCAUGAGAAACUGAAAUUGUGGAACAAUUAAAUAAAUAAUAAAAAAUUAAUUAAACGUAGUGCUUAUAUUCUCUUUGUUGUGGAACACUGCAUACCGAAAGUUUGCCUUUGGAACCUGAAAGAACUAUUUAACGAUAGCGAUGUCACACCUCCAAUUAAUAUUCAAAACAAUUGAAAACCUUACUCACACAGAAGGUCAAUGUGAAUUUGUCUCAGUCCUAAAAGAUGUUGCUGACAAUGAAAAUCAAGUAUUGUCAAAUGAAACUUUUAUAAAUUUAAAAUCAUUUAUACAGAAGAUAUUCAAUGUUAUAGAUGAACUUAUUAGUGAAUUAAAGAAAGAUGAAACUAUUCUCAUAAGUGUAAAGAACCAAAAGCUUUUGCGGACAUGUUUCCAGUUAGUAACUUCAGUUGGUAUCUCACCAAGUUUAAUACCAGGCCUUGGAAUAAAAUUAUCUAAGAGAUGCAUUACUGGAGCAGUUCUCCCAAAGCUUUUAUUAACUGACAAACAGAAAUAUGAGAUGCUAGUGGAAUGCACUGACUUUUUUACCAGAAGUUAUUCAGUGUCUGCCUUAAAAACAAUAAUUAUAACUCUCCACCUCUCAGACUACUUGGCAGCCUUAAUACAAUUAUCAUUUGCUCCAUUUAAGAAACCAGGCACAUACAAUAACUUUACAAUGACACAAGAAAUGUAUGACAAGCUCAAUGAAGACAGGAAAAAGUAUUUAUGUGUUUAUAACCAUCUUGUUUCAAAUUGUUUUCAACCAGUACUCAUGAAAGAGUUGUUAGUGCUUCAAAGUGGUUCAGAUCCUUCACCUCCAGCAUUUGCUAAAAGAAUUAUAGCUAAGGAACUAAGUCAAAGGUUGAUAGCUCCUGGAGGUCUGCUCAGCUUGAUCCGAUGUUUUAUAGAGAGCUAUGAUAUUGACACAGGUUUUGAAUGGAAGAAGAUUGACAUGAUCUGUAGAAUCAUAGCAGCAAGACAUGGAACUAAUACUGAAAGUGAAUAUCUAGCAAACAUUUGCAGUCAACUACAAGAAAUAUUGUCAGUAAACAACACACAUUACCUAGCUGCAGCUGUGGCUUGUGUUUUAAGCUUAAAUGAAAAGUUCCCACAGGAAAAACCUGUUGUAAUGCUAAGCAAUGAAGUGUUCCAAAGUUUAGACUAUAAUUAUUUAAGUAAAACCGGUUUACCUGGUACCAUUGUACUGUCUCCACAAGAAGUGGAACAAAAAAUCAAAGUUCUGCAUGCAUGUGUUUGUACAACCAAGUUAGACUGGCCAGUACAGUUACUGACACCAAACCUGUAUCUACUGUACUCUAUAGGAGUUAAGUGUAUGAAGAAUGAUGAUAUGAAAAUUAAAUUAAAAGACAUCAUCAUUAAAAGUCUAGAGAAGUUAAGAACAGAUGAACUGUAUGAAACAAUUAAAAUAUUUUUAUUUGGUAAUGUUGUACAAAACUCCCCUACAGUGAUUGUUGAAGAAUAUGAUGCUGGUGUUGCCAUAAAAUGUGUGUCAACCUGCGAAAACUAUUCAAAAGCUGAAUCUGUGAUAUAUAUUAUGGAUUUAUUUAAAAGUAUUGCAGAUAAUGUUCUUGUUAAAAAUAUAUUUACGAUAGCUUUAAGAAUAUUAUUAGAACUAAAUGAUAAAAGGCAAAAGAAAGGUAAUAAAGAUAUCCUACUGACAGAGGAUGAUGACCCCAUAUUGAUAGAUGAAAUUGAUGAACAAUAUGCAGUAAUCCUUCAGUUACUGUCAGAAGUAUCCACCUCACCUAAAAUAGUGAUGUCCUUGAAAUCAGAUCCAAUGAUUGUUUUUGAUUUCAUUGAACAUUUUAUUUUGAAACAGAAAUCAAACACAGAUAAUGAAUGUAUUACUAUAGCUUUAGUACUACUGAACACUAUACUGUCAAACUCUGAAAAUAUUGACCCAAGGUUCAUAAAAUUGGUGCCAGUUUUAAGAAAGAUGAGUGAGAAUGAUUCUAGUUUAAAUAGUAUUUUAUGUAAGGAGGCCUUGUCAUUGAUCUCUUUAGAAGGUCCUCAGAAAAAGGACUCAGCAUGUGAAAAGGCAAUUUCUGAUACAUUUGAUGAGUUGCUACCUGUGAGAGCCCAUGGGAUCAUUGAACUCACAAGACUUAUUGAUGCUGGGGAUGCUGAGACUAUUUCUAAGAAACACUAUGUAUUUUGUAUAUUCCAGGAACAACUAAAGGAUACGGACUCCUACAUUUACCUGUCUGCCGUCAAUGGUCUAGCUGCACUAUGCACGCACUGCACUGAGGACGUAUUACAAAUACUCUGCAAAGAGUUCUUACAAGACCAGAUAACUGCAAAGGAUGGCAACAUUCAAACAGGCGAAAGUCAAAAUAGGGAUGCAGAACUUAGAAUGAAAAUUGGCGACGUUAUUGUGAAGGUUACUAAAAGAUUAGGUGAAAUGGCAGUUGUUCAUAAGACAAUCCUACUGAACACGAUGCUAUGUGCAGUCAAUGAUACAGACCCACUCAUCAGGACAUCAGCCUUGUCCAACCUGGCAGAAAUAGCGUUAGUGCUGCACUAUAAGAUGGGAAGCAUCAUUUAUGAGGUACUUUAUUGUAUUUGGAAUAUAAUACAAACUGACAAGGCUAUAGAGUGUCGGAGAGCAGCAGUGAUGGUUAUUGCCAGUCUGAUCAAAGGUUUGGGCAAAGAUACUUUAUUGGAACUCAAGGACCAACUACUACCAAUAUACAGGACUUUGAAAAGUCUCUAUAGAGAUGAAAAUGAAGACAAAACAGUUCGACUCCACGCACAAAUUGCUUUAGAAGAACUAAACGAUGUUGUCAGACAAUUUCUAUUUCCUGAACUAAAGAUGGAAAAGCAAAUAUUUGUACUAGACGAACCACGAGACGUAUUCAAAUAA